AUGUUCUUCAACAAGUCUACCCUCGCCCUGGCCUUCGUGGCCUUGGCCAACCUCGUCUCUGCUGGCCAGACUCCUGCCUGUCUUCUGUCGGUUAUCGGUGCCUCGUCCAACCCCGCCGACCUGGCUACCCUGUGCGGCUCCGACAUGAAGAACAUCGAAUCCCAGAUCGCGAACAAGUGCGGAGACAAUACCCAGUCGGCCCUGAAGUUCUACGCCAACACCUGCAACGCCGCUGGUCACAAAGUUGACAUCUCUAGCGUCACUGCCACUUCCUCGGGCUUCGUUACUGCCACCGCGACCUCUGGCUCCGCCACUGGCUCCGUUGGUACUUCUCCUACUGGCUCUAGCGCUAGCGGUAGUGCCUCUGGCUCUGCUUCUACCCCCAAGGCUACCGCCAACGCUGCGGCCGGUCUCCAGUUCCAGGGCACUGCUCUUGCUGCUGCGGUGUUCGUCGGUGCCGCCGCACUGCUGUAA